AAUUCCGGCAACUACAAAUUCUAUGACGCCCAGAAUUUUGGCAACUACAAAUUCUACGAUGCCCAGAAUUCCGGCAACCACAAAUUCCAUAACAUCCAGAAUUCUGGCAACUACAAAUUCUAUAACAUCCAGAAUUCUGGAAACCACUCAAGCCCAAUUGGCUUCACAAAUUUCAUUAACUGCUAGAUCUUUAUCUGAACACCCAGAAAUUACCAAACUCCCAAUUUGA